AUGAAUGAGAAGAUGUUAGGUGAUAACAAGGAAGGACGAGAACGCAGUUGUGUCUUAACUUUUUCCUUGUUCCUUCCUCUCCAGGAACUGCAGAGCCGUCAGUUCUGGUGUAGCCUAUUGGCAGAAGCCACAGGCACCCUUAUCUUUGUCUGGAUAGUGCUGGGUGCCUCAUCCCCCACCGGUCCUAAAGAGGUGCUGCCUACUUCGCUCCAACCAGCCCUUGCUGCAGGACUGGUAGCUAUCAGUUUGGCACACUGCUUUGGUAAGAUCAGUGGUGCCCAAGUCAACCCCGCACUCACUAUGGCCUUCCUGUGCACUCGUAAACUGGAUGCUCUGCAUGCCUCGACCUAUAUUCUAGCCCAGUGUCUGGGUGCCAUCUUAGCAUCAGGCUUUUUUUAUCUCAUGUUACCCAGCUCAGCCAUUGGGCAAUUGGUCACAAAGGUCAGCACUGAGGGGAAUGCUGGACAGGCUCUGGGGAUGGAGCUGUUUUCCACUUUCCAGCUGGCUCUCACCAUUUUUGCUGUAGAAGAUCAUCGGAGGCAUGAACUAGGGGAGCCUGUUGGGAUCUUGGCUAUUGGUUUCUCUGUGAUAGCAGGAGCUCUGGCUGCGGGUACCUUCUCUGGGGGCAGUAUGAAUCCAGCCCGAUCUUUGGGUCCAGCUGUCAUCACAGGAUUCUGGGAACAUCAUUGGGUGUAUUGGCUCGGCCCUAUUCUGGGUGCUGUUCUGGCUGGAGUAUCCUAUGAAUUCUUCUUUGCUGACAGCGCUUCACGGGAAAAGCUUGUUGCCUGCCUGACCUGUCGCGACAUUGAGAUUGUGGAGGCGGCCAGCAUGUCUCGGUCUUCACUUUCUGCUGCUCCUCAGGCUAAAUCACCUGACAAGGAAGAACAUGGCACUGAGUAG